AUGGUUGUAUCUAAUAGCAGGACAACAAGAAGCAAUGUAAACUUUCUUGGCACCGGCUUCUCUAGCCAUCGAGAUGAUUUCCUUGGAGGUGGUUCCUCUCACAAUGGAGUCGUCCACCAAAAGAACAGAUUUCCCGUAAAACUCGGAGGCCAUCGCGUUCAGCUUCCGUCUCACCGAAGACUGUCUCUGUUUCUGAUCAGGCAUGAUGAAAGUUCUUCCAACGUAUCUGUUCUUGAUGAAACCUUCUCUGUAAGGAAUGUUCAAUGUAUUAGCGCAUUGCAAGGCGGAGUGACGCGAGGUGUCGGGCACAGGAAUAACAACGUCGAUUUCUUUGCGCACGUCAAGAUCAACUUUUUCGAACUUCUUGGCGAUGUUUUGAGCGAGCUUGGUUCCCAUUUCGAGUCUGGAUCUGUAGACACUGAUACCAUCCAAAACAGAAUCUGGUCUUGCAAAAUACACGUAUUCAAAGAUGUCUGGGGUAUAGGACUGCAUUGGAACAACUUGCUUGAACUCAGGCUUCAUGGUGUUCUUCGGUAUUAUAACAGCUUCACCGGGCAGCAAGUCUCUGUAGACCUGGAACCCGUGGGCCUUCAGAACAACAGAUUCGGAGGAAAGCAUAUAGUCUUUGGAUCCAUCGUCUUUCAAACGCUCUCCAAUCAGGAUCGGACGGAUACCAUGAGGAUCUCUGAAACCAAUGAUACCGUAACCGGCCAACAUCGCAACACAAGCGUAAGCUCCUCUAACUUUCUCGAAAACACCUUUCAAGGCCUUGAACAGAUCACUGUUGUUGACUCUCGAUUUUCCGUAGGCUGCAAGCUCGCUGGCAAACAGGUUCAACAAAAGUUCAGAGUCAGAGUCAGUAUUGAUAUGUCUAUGCACAACUUCGUCCAUGUAGGUUCUGAGUUCUUCUCCGUUGGUCAAGUUACCGUUGUGACUCAAUGCAAUACCACCCAUGUUACCGACAAGUCCCAACAUUCUCUGUUGAGUGAACACAUCACUGGCCAUUCCGUUACCCUUGCAUUGGUACAAUCUGGCUCUCUUUCCGCAGGUGACAAUACCUGCUGCGUCCUGACCUCUGUGCUGAAGAAACAGGCAUCCAUCAAACAGCUCCGCUGCGCAGUUCUGGCUUUGGUCAGCCAGUACAAUUCCCAAAAUUCCACACAUAGUAUCACCAACUGGUUUGCAACAAUCGAAAUCACCAAAUCCAGUUCUGGUCGAACUUGA